AUGGCGACAUCAGCAACAACCGCAUCGGGUGCGGACGUCAAGCACGCAUCCGAUGCUGCCUCUCGUCGUGCUGCGGGGGAUCCAUCGUCAUCCACGCGCAAAGGUCGAUCCGCCGCUGGAAAGACGAGAGGGAAGAAAGGAAAGAAGAGCAUCGCAGUCGCCGCCGCCGCCACGGUGGCCAGCAAGAAACAAGCGUCCAAGUGGUACAGUCGGUAUUUCGAAGUGGGGGCGCAACACCCCCAAGCCCUAGCGGGAACCUCCGCGUUCUUGUCCGACCCCGGCGACGUCUCCAAGGGACCUCAAGCGAAAGCCAUCAAGAAGAAAUGGCUGGAAGCGCAGACGACACACCAAAUUCAUCGCCCAGCACGGCGUAAUUAUCCUCGUCGUCCCUUUGUCGUGUUUUCCAUGGACGAGCAAUGGCAGAUGGAUUUGUCGGACAUGACGUGGGACAAACCGGCCAACGAUGGGAUGGGGUGGAUCUUGUUCGUGGUCGACGUGCUGUCUCGGUACUGCUGGGUACGACCGCUGAAACGGAAGACGGGGGAAGAAACGGCGCGGGGCAUUCGCGAGAUCUUUGAGGAAGUGGCCCAAGACCCGGACAAGAAACAUACGUUGCCUCGUACCGUGUACGUAGACAAGGGGAGCGAGUUCUACAACAAGGACGUGAAAGACUUGUUUGCCAGCUGCCCCCUUCCACCCAAGCUCAUGUCGGGAGAGUCCACCACCAAGGCCGCCAUCGUGGAACGGUUGCAGCGGACGUUGAAAGGACGGCUGUGGAAGUACUUCUACGAAAAUGGGACCCGACGGUGGGUGGACGUGAUUGGUCCGUUGACGGAGUCGUACAACCAUCAGCGACACGGCACGUUGAAGCAAUCGCCGGCCUCGGUCCAUCGCGGCAACGAAGGGGAGGUGUGGAAAAAGUUGUAUGGCGAGUACGGCCCCGAACGAGGAGCACGACAAAAGCUCAAGGGGCCUUACAAGUUUAAUUUGGGCGACGUGGUCCGGAUCAGCCGUCAAACCACGAUCUUCGACAAGGGCUAUUUGCCUCAAUGGUCGGAAGAAUGGUUCAAGAUCCGUGCCCGCGAUCCCGGCCCUCCCGCGUACUACCGCUUGAUGGACUACGACGGCGAGGACAUAUUAAAGGGCACGUUUUACGAAGAGGAGCUGCUCAAGGUCGAAGACGAAGAAAUAAAGCACAUGCGUUAUCGCAUCGAGAAGAUACUUCAACGCAGGACGGACCCCGCUACAGGUCGUCCCCAAGUGCUGGUGAAAUAUCAAGGGUGGCCUGAAAAGUACGCCAAUUGGAUUGACGAACGUCAAGUCGAAGAUUUGGGCCCCAAAAAGAAACCAUGA